AUGGACAUUAACAUCUCAGACCUCGAAGCUCAGAUGACGAGGCCUUCCAGCCCUAAGUUGUUCGAUUCCUUGACAAGGCGCCGGAAAGUCCCCCGCGUCACAAUUGUGCAUGGGACCGCGCCGGCUUCAUCUACAAGCUUGCCGAUUCCGCCAGUCAAGCCAGAAAACUCACAGGAUGCAAAAUAUAAGCCUCCAUCGAUCUUCCGACCUCGAGCACCAAUAAGUCCUAUGACGCAUUCAGGGCCAGUAGCCAUUACACCGCGGCUCCCGCCAAUAGUUGGAGCCACAGAAUUUCACCCUCGUCAUGUUAUUGGAAAACGCUUUGCUGCAAGCCCACAGCCACUAUCCACUGGAGAUGCCUUCAACUCAAUUGUUACGCUCGACUCGGUAGAUAAGAGUACCGCGUCGGCAUCCAGCGACGCUGGACUCGGCAUACGUGAUGUCCAGCGUGCCUCUUCAACGAAGUCACCGCGGAAGCUUAACAACCUCAAAGAUCUUGAGCCUUACUUCGAAUGGGCGCCUUCAGAGAUAGCGGCCACGCCACGUGAUAUACAGCCUGAGGAUAACGUUCAGAGCCCAGAUACCGGGGUAUCGAGGCAGCCUGCUCGAUCCACGUAUGACCGCGAGAAGGCAAUCGAACAUGCUAGAGGAAUACUAGAGAUCCUGACGGUGGAAAUGUCCUCGGGUCACUAUGUUUCCGAGGACUUCCCCAUAGCUCCAAUUCAAUUCCAGGCGGUCAAGUCAAAGUCUUUUCAAGAGGUUGACGCCCUUUUGCAGGGUCUCAAAAUCGAGAGGCAGAACAGCGGAGACACUCAUAAGGAUGCCAGGCGGAUGGUGAGUCUCAAGGUCGAUAUUGUGUCGAGCAUAGACACGAUCCUGAGGUGUUUUAUCGGACGCAACAACCAGGAUGCUAGUCUGGUGCAGCGCAUCUGGGGCAUUGUUUACGGCAUCUGCCAAGCAUCGGACGUCGGUCGAGAUAAAGCAGAUACCCAUUUUAAGUACAGUGUGCUGGCUUGGAUCAAGACAGAUCUCGCUCAAACCGAACAACAAUGCUAUGAGAUUCUGUCAUCUGCCAGAUCAGACACAGGCAAUUACAUUGAGCAGCUCAAUUUCGCGUUGCCACCCAGUUUCGUGUCGCAGUUCCGAGACAUUGUUCUCCUGCUGCUAUCGUUCCUGGCUGUACUUCUGCCCGAUGCUCCUAGAGGUAGCCAAGCAGCGGCCGAACAUAUGUGGAAGAUUGUGGAAAGCGGCUGGACAGAAUGUGAAGUGGCUCUACUGCGCGAUGCGAGAGAUUUCAAGGAGAACGGUGACAACCGCGAAUAUCUUCUGGAGUCGGUCAAAUCCGCCGACACGAUGUUCGCACUCUUGCUACAGAAUGCAUUCUCCAUAUCAUGCUCGGAAAUGCAUGAGGACGACAACGAACGACCACACUGCGAUCUCGAACAUAUCUACCGCCGAUGGACAACGAUCUGCAACGAAAGAGCAAAUCAGGAAGCCUCGGCAGAAAUGUACGAGGAGUUGAGAUACCUCAAUGAUCAGCUAGGCGCGAUAAGCAAGGUCACUCUCAAAAUUUUGGAGGUCCGCGAGUCGCCGAACCAAACUCUGGACAAACGCAUCAACAAGCGAACGGAAACAUUCUUGGACGAUAUGAUCGAUCAUUUCAGGACCCUCAAGAAUUACGCGGGCGAGGCAGAAACGAUGACGAGCAAUUCGAUCGAUGUCAGCAAUGAAGGCAACAACAAGGCCAUCUUUGUCUUCACGCUUAUCACGAUCGUCUUUUUGCCUUUGAACUUCAUCAGUAGCAUCCUGGGCAUGAACACCACAGACAUCAGAACUACUUCGAGGUCAUCGAAGCUGUUCUGGGAGAUCGCUGUGCCUUUCAUGGCAGUGGUGGUGGCGGUUUGUGUGAUUUUGGUCAAGAUCAAAUUCAAGUUCAAGCUGAGAAGGAGAAUCGGCAGAUUUCUGCUCGUGUUCUUCCCGGAAACAUGGGAAACGGAACACAUGAAGAUCAAAACAAGGGGGAAGCAGAUCUCGCGGCGAACGAGUAUUGCGCCGAAUAAGCAGCAGUAG